CUGAGAUGACAGGUCCUGCUUGCUCACUCUGCCCUGGUGCUGUGCGCGCGUGUGGGUGCGUGCGCGCGGCAGCGGCCAGCGGCGUGGGUUGUCUGCCUUCCAAUGGUUUGUUCUCUGCCACUACCUCCACACGCGGAGAGGCUCUCCUCUGCCAGACUGCCCACUCAUGCUAGUCAUCCCCUCAGAUGGAUGCAUGACGUAUGUCGUCCAGUUGAGAGUCAGCAUGUGUGGGCGUGCCAUCAGUCUCAACGGGACAUGGGCCUGUCCUUCGUUCAUCGCCCCAUAGGCAGCCGCCCGCCACUACAGUUCAAACUCCACACUCCACACUCCAUGUGCCCGUCCUGCCAGGCCACAGGAGGCAGAGCGUCGUGGUUAUUCGGCUUUCAGGUAUCUUUCUGGACAGGGUUUUGUGUAAAUCCGGCCUCCUCCUGCCAGUUAUUCCUCGCUCACGUGCUUGCGCUUCGGACAUCUAUAAACCACAUUUCGCUGCCUUUUCCGAUCGCAUGUGGCCGUGAUCGAGCGUCCAGAUCGCAUGACAUUUGGAGUCCAUCAGCACGGUCUUCAUCGCUUGCUCACACAUUCAAUGCGUCCGAUGGGGAAAAUAUGGUAUUUGUAGAGCGGCUCAGAUCGUGCGAAUGCCUUCAGAAGAAAUGGAACGGAAAGCCGCCUCUUUGCAUUUGCAGUCGCUCGCAGGCUGUACUACGAAGAUCAUGAUACCCUCGAGGGAAGGCAUGCAUCCGCACAAUUCCUAGCUCUCAGCGCUGAGCCACGACCGCAGUAACCUCGAAAACUCCGCCCACUCUGUUCCAUUGGUUGGCCACGCUUUGCGGUUUGUGCACAUGUCCUGCGUCUCCUUCGACGCGCGACGGCGCUAGAGGAUUCUUCCAGGCGAAAGACCGCAGGCAAUGAUUGACGAGGAUAACUCAAUCUUGUUCGUUGUUCACUGUUCGCUGUCGCCUGCAGGUUAGUAGACAAGAGAAGAGGCAGGCAGAGUCGCACUGCCAUGGCUCGAUUGUUUACUCAUCAGCUGCUUUGAACCCACAAGUCAAUGGCAGCCAGCUAGGGUGAACCGUACAG